GGAAUUACGGGAAUAUACUUCGACAGUCGAGCAGCAGUGACGACCGUAGCUUAGACUCGCAGGUGAACCCAACCAAAUACGUUACUACCAAUAUUCAUUCCAUCGCCCAAAAAUCCGAAUACAUAUAUAUUUAGACACAUUUUUUUACAGUUCCGUAUAUCACUCUCUCGACACAGUACUCCUUCGUUCUUCUGUCAGAAAAGUACUAUUGUUGUAUUUACAAUCGAAAUUGAAAUCUAUGAUUUCGAUUUGGUGGUUGGGCACAUUUUGAUUCAGAUGACCAGUAAAUUGAUCAAUGGUCAAUCCAUAGAGUUGCUGUUCCGGCCAUGUAUAGUACUAAUCUGAUAGGGUUUAUCCUGGCGGUGGCGUCCAGUGCGUUUAUUGGAUCCAGCUUCAUUAUCAAGAAGAAGGGUCUUCGACGGGCCGGCGCGUCCGGUUCUCGUGCCAGUAAGAAGCUUUUGCACAUGUCAAACAAGAUAAAACAUAAAAAAACCAUUGAGUUUUGUAGAAUGACAGUAGCAGAUUUAGGCAGCAUGGCCCAAGUUUUUAUAAAGGUUGGUGUGAGGCAUAAAGAGGUCCAUGCUGGUCGGCAGCCACUUGAGCAGGCUUAUGCUGCUCGACUCCUACUUGGAUAG